AUGAAAUCAAUCAUUACCUUUGCUUCAAUAUCCAUUUUUGCGACCAUAGUAACCUCUUAAAAUUCAACAUACAAAAGAGGAUUGACUGAUCAUUUCAUACAAUUCUUGAAUCUAAACAAGAAUUAUUAUCCUUACAAUUUUAACAGGACCUAGUUUUUUGGUGGAUCAUUUGGAGGAAAAGAUAAUGAUACUUCGCCAAUCACCAAAGUCCCAGUUGUCUUUGUGCAUGGAGCAGCUGAUAUGCUUUAUGGUGAUAAUGAUUCAAACAAUGGUUUUAGGUACUCAAUAGAGUAUUUCAUAUAAAAUGGAUACACUAAAUCUGAAAUAUAUGGAUCAAUGUGGGGGUUCGGAGACACGUCUAAUUAAAAAAAUCUUGUUGAUGUUAUUUCUCACUCGAUGGGAGUAACUCUAUCAAGAGCAGCAAUAAAAGGUGGUGAGUUUGAUCUUGAGGAUAUAUAGAUAAUAAAACUGAAUUCAUUAGGAAGUAGAAUUAGGACAUACAUAGGCAUAGCUGGAAUUAACUAUGGAUUUAUGGUUUGUCUCAAUGAAACAAUCAGUCAUAUUAGAAAUUGUGAUAAAAUUUUAGGGUUUUACCCUGGUAUGUUAGAUAACAAGACAAAUACAACUAUAGAUUAAUCUAAGUUCUUAUAGUAGAUAAACUAGAAUAAAGCAAAGGAAGGUACCUAUGCUUAUUCUAUUCUUUCACUUUAUGAUUAAGUUGCAAAACCUUAUGUCUAUGGUGGAAAUUAUACCUCUGUAUUUCCAACGAUGGACAUGGCUUUUAUUUUUAAUAGCUCUUUGUAUACUCAUUGUUAGGUAAGAGAUUUAUCUGCAGAACUUCAAUUAAGAUUACUAAAUUCAUAUCAUGAAGACAUUAAGGAAACAUCCGAAAUGAAUAAAUUCAUAUGA